UAAUGUUGUUACAUUAGUCUCGUUUAUUUAGUUCUACGGUGGUGCUGAUGAAUGCCAACAUCCAUUUCCCAAUUAAACAUCUGUGAAAGGAACUCAAGUCGUCGUGUUGUGACGAAGGGAGGCAAAAUCCCAGUGCUGUUCCUUAAAUUCCAGUGAUGUGUUCCAGUCUCUGUAAUAGAAUGUUGAAUGCAGCACUAAGAUCUGACAGGACGAGGACAGAAACGACCAUAGACCAUUGUCUGAAGCUAAGAGAAGAUCAUUAGUGACUCUAACCACAGCUUUUUCUGUGCUGUGAUGUUUUCUAAAUCCUGACUGAAAAUCUUCCUACAUUCCCACUCAGGUGGUCAGAUAAUUAUUUAGCUACAAUCUUAGAAAUAAAGGGUAGAUUUGAACUUGGCCUUCUUUCAGUAAUCUGGUUGGGAUUGGGACUCUUGGCACUUUUCACAAACAUAUCAUUUGGUUUUGCUCCGUAUCACCAUCAUGCUGUGAGCUUCACUUCUGGACCUGCAGCUGCAUUUCCUCUACAGUCAAACCACUCGCUCUGAAAACCAAGUGGAAGGUUUGUGUCACAGGCACCUUUGCAACCACAACCAUCAUAUCAUCAUGAAGACUGGUCGCAUCCUCCUGCUCUGCAUCCUGGCGGCUGCUCUGGUUUCCAUGGUGGUUUGUCAAAGUGGAGAUGGUCCUGAUGAGUGCUGCUUCAGCUACUCCCCACGGAGAAUCAAAAAAGACUUAAUCAAGUCUUAUUAUGUGACAGAUGAGAGGUGCACUAAACCUGGAAUCAUUUUGGUGACUGAAAAUUCUCGCACCUGUGUGGAUCCGAAUCAGUCCUGGGUGAAAGGCCUGAGGAACUAUUUGAAUAAGAAAACCCUUUAAGAUAACUUCCUGUUGCUUUGUUCUGUGUCUGGUAAUUGUUGUUCAAUGCUUUGUAUUUACAAUAAAAUAUAAUCACCUUAAAAUACAGCUGCAU